CCUACAUGCUGAUAUUUUUUACUCGUUUAAACUUUAAGUAGCUGCAUGUAUCGAAGUAUUUAGAUGCCUAACCGGAUAAUAUACAAAACUAUAUCUUUGUCGCAGUUGCUGUCCUGCCAUUCAAGAUAGUUAGUGUAAGGCUACAUCAUAUCCACUUGCCGUACUAUCGAAAGUGACGCCAUCGAGAUAGUUCAUGUUACACCACCCUAAUUUGUGGGGGGUUGUUACAACAUUGGUGCCUCCAUUCCUCUCCAAUCAUCGACUAUAUAAACAAACCAUCUCCAACAUUGAACAGGCAGAAAUAUAAGAAUUGUAGGAUAUAACGAGAAGCCUCAACGACUUUACCCUCGACCUGUUUUGGGUCAACUUCGCAUCUUUAUUCUCAAAAAUGGCUUCGCAGACCAACAUUCCGGCUGCCGCAGUAGAGGGGUUCAAAGAUGCUGCUUCAUAUGAUGCGCAUCGUCCCUCCUAUCCGCCAGAGGCAGUUGAGACCUUCCUUACUAAAUUGAAGGUCGCGCAGCAGCCUGGAUCUAGAAUCGUGGAGAUCGCGUCCGGAACUGGGAAGUUUACGGAGCUCCUGGCUCAGCGGCCUGAGAGGUUUACUGUCAAGGCGAUCGAGCCCCACCAUGGCAUGAGGGAGAAGCUCGUGCAGAAGGACUUGCAGAGCGUUGAGGUGGUUGAUGGCAAGGCGGAUAAAGUGCCUAUUGGGGAUGAGUGGGGCGAUGCUUGCAUUGCGGCUCAAGCGUUCCAUUGGUUUGCUACUCCAGAGGCUCUGAAGGAGAUUCAACGUGUUCUGAGGCCAGGUGCUGUGUUCGGCGCUAUUUGGAACGCCGAAGAUUACAACAAGCCUCAGGAUUGGCCAGCAACUACGAAAUGGGAGCAAAAGUUGAACGACUUCGUCUGCUCGCUGGACGAUGGUCUUCCUCGAUUUAGACAUCAGAAAUGGAGAGAAGUCUUCGAUCAGCAGCUGCCAGGCAAUCCCAUCCAGGUCAUCAAGGACACUUUCAACGAUGACCUACCCAGAUUCAGCCUUCCACUUGGAGAGGACAGUACUAAGUGGACAGUCUGGCUAAGCGAGGAAACACUUGCGUCGCGACUAAACACUUUAAGCCAGGUCGCUGUCCUUAAAGGAGAGGAACGAGAAGCUUGGCUGAAGCUCUUCAAAGAGACCCUUCAAAGUAAUGAUGUUGAAAGAAAUGAGAAGGGUGAGAUUGCAGUUCACGGCAUCACUUAUUUUGUGUGGACGGAUAGAAUAUAAGCGAGCGAAUAAGAAGAACGCGGGCAACGAAGAUAUCAUUGCUGUCAGCCACGUUUCGGGGUUUAGCUUUCAUAGUAACUAAGCUGCUCAAAUUCCUCCAUAUGUAAUGGGAGUAAGCUUGCUGCAAAUUGCACAUAUCCCUCGCCAGGUCUUCGUGAUACUAUAUAUG